UGCAGCUACAUUGCCCGGUAAAUUUGUAAUACCGGCCCUGGCCUUGCCAGGUGUUUUACUGGCUAGGCCGGUAAAAUACCAGCCGGGUGGCAACCCUAUAUUGAAUCCCUAUAGCUCCUUGCCCCCCCCCCCUGUCGUUUUUUGAAAUUUGAAGGUGUAUUUUCACAUAUAUUCAUUCAUUUUUUAGACUUUUUUGUCACUGCACAUUUCACAUGCUAUUUUUGGGCUACUUUUCAAGUGCCUCUUGGCUAGUUUUGUAGCUGACUUUGGCUGGUUUUGAGAAUUAGCAACCCUGGCAGCUGUACAACCGCAUCCCCACCCCUUCCCAAAACGGUUCCGCACCGGGUACUGUAUGUUCCAGUCCUUAUGAGUAAAAAGACACGAAAGGAAAGAGUGAAGCCAAUAAUAUUUUGGGGUACGCGGACGGUAUGACGUUUUGCCCUCAAGUUACAUAAGACAAUGGAAAGUCUCUGCCGCGGUCACGUGGCCAGAGAAAAGCAACUUCUAUGGAGCGCAUAGCAACGCAAGACGCUUCCAUUAGCUGGGAAACCAGGCACGUCUCGCGAGAGUUGGUUUCGAGAACCGGGGUGGCGGGUUCUUUUUAGUGUCAGAUAUUAGUAUCUUGCUUGUGAGGGGUAUUUGUGUCCUUGUACGAUGUCGCAGGCGGAGAUGUUGGAGGAAAUGAGACACUGGAGUCCGGACGUGUGCCGGAGAGAGCUGCCGGGAAGUUUAACCAAACUCCUCUCCAUGUAUCAGAAUUCAGACAGCUGGACAGAGGAUAUUCGGGUAUUUAACCUACUAACUGAAAUGUUUUUGCCGCAUGUUAGUGUGCUGGAGCUGGAACAGAGUGUGUUAUCAAAAGUGUUGCCAAAGGCUGUUAAGUUAUUUGACAAUUUAGUUCAUGAAGUUUCAAGCCAAUCCUCUGGAUUAUCAAGUCAAAAUACAGAACUGAAAUCUUCGUUGCGAAAUAUAUUGCAGAACAUGGUCCACUGGCUGGGCGCUUUAACAGCAUUUGUCCGACAAGUUUGUUCAUUUGAAGAAUCUUUGAAUUUAGAAAAUAUCCAUUCGCUUCCUAAAUCUGUUCUGCAUGUUCUUAAAACAGCAUUCAGCCACUGUAAGGACAGUGAUUCAGUGUACAGUGGCCGACUCCAUUUGGUGUCUGACCUGCUUCAAGCUCUCUUCAAGGAAGCUGUUUCCCUUCAGAAGCACAUUAUGGAAUUGCUGGAUAAAACCAAUAUUAAACCUUCAAGUUUAGAGAAAGACACUGCUGAUAUGGCAGCAGUGCUGCAUAUGGUUUUAGAAAUUUGUUCAGUUGUGUCUAAAAUGGAUCAUGCUCUGCAUGCUAACACAUGGAAGUUUAUCAUCAAGCAGAGUCUGAAGCAUCAUGCAUCAGUUGAAAGCCAGCUGCGUCAUCAUGACUUUGUCAAUGGAUUGUGUGAUGAUAUUCUUCUUUCAUUCCAGUCUUGCCUUCAACUGGCGGAGCACAUGCUGGUGUCUGGAUCACAGGAUAACACAGAUCAGAGAUUGUUCCAAAAGACUGCAAAACUUUGUCGGUUCUUUGCCAAUUCACUAGUUCACUACACAAAGGAAUUCAUGCCUUUUUUGUCUGGAUCUUGUACCCGAUUGCACCAGCUAUAUCUUCAGAUACACAGCCAGUUUCCCCCAAGUUUGUAUGCCACACUCAUCUCUGAAGCACACAAGAAUGAAAUUGCCUGCGUUUUCCUGGUGGCGCUUGAUCCUUUGAUUCUCCAGCUUCUUUCUCACAGAGCUUUUGUGGAGUCAGUGUUAAGGGAAUGUUUAGACCUUCCUCAUGAGCAUGCCUUCCCUCAGUGUAUGCUUCUGAUGAACAUAAUGGACAAGCUUCCCUCUCAGGUGGAAGAUAUCCAGAUGUUGUGGUGCACAAGGAGUAGAUUUCCAGAGGAAAUACCCAGAAUGACCAUAUUUCAAGCUGUGUUCCAUAACUUCAUGCAAUGCUCUCCAGAGCUCUCCUUACCACUCCGUCUGCAGGGAGUAUCUGUGAAAGGACAAAACCCAUUGGACAUCACUUUUUAUGAAUAUGUCUGCAUUCAUAUUUGUGUUUAUAUUGUGUCACUACCUCCAGCUUUUUUUCCUCAACUGGAACAAGCUCUGCUAGACGCUGUUUUGAGCCACAGUCUUAUGUCUUCGCUCCUGGCGAUGGAUACAUGGUGUUUCCUUGCUAGAUAUGGAACAGCAGAACUCUGUGCUCAUCAUGUUCACAUUGUGGCCCAUAUGGUGAAGUCAUGUCCCGGUGCCAGUCUUCAGAGGUUCCAAUUGACUACGCUGCUUAGACGUCUGCUUUUCUUAAUGGCAGCUGAUCACCAGGGAGAAUUUAUCAAAGCGUUUCCUCCUCUUGAAGCAGAAAAUGUUCCUGUUUGGGAGCAACUUUGCCUUAAUGCACUCCCAAGUUCACUGAGGGCACAAGUAAAGCACAACCUCCUUACUGCAGGGAUCUCUCAGUGCACACGUUGGCUGAAUGGAACUUGCACACUUGGAGACUUGCAGCAGUUGAAUGCUUCACUGGCUGCAUUACUGCCUGCGUGUACUACCACAGGGGAAACCUUGGAUUUGCAGAGACAGUCUGAUGUGUUGGGAGUCAUUAGCCAAUUAUGGCCCAUGCUUACUGUAAAACAGAUGUCCAGUCAGUCCAGUGUGCAGCAUACAUUCUGUUUAUUAUUGGUCUUGCUUGCUUCCACUGUACAAACCCUGGAACCAUCUUUGCUAAUUCAGGUUAUAUCCCUGCUUGCAUCUCUGUUUAAGGAAAACCCUCCGGAUCAUGUGCGACUAGCAGCUUUGGACUUCUUGUCUGUUUUAGGAAAAAUGUUUAUCCCUCAGGAUGCUCAGGCUGCUGUUCUUCCAAAGUUAUCCAGUUUGUUCUCCAUGCUGCUUGGCGACAGCUCCUGGCUGACCAGACAACAUGCGCUGGAAACAUUUACUCAGUUUGCUGAGGAAACCAGCCAUGAACAAGUCGUGCCAGAAAGUCUUACCACUGAAGAUACAAAGAGCCAAGUCAUUGCUUUUCUGAACAAGGCCGUGUCUCCAGCAGAAGGUGAGAGCGCUCGCCUAGACAGAAUAAAAGGAGAGCGGGGGGUCCUCGGUGCUUUUAUUAUAAGAGCCUCACAGAAGAGCGAGCAAGAGACCACAGAGCCUGUAGCCAAGCGAGCUCGAGCCGCUGCCUGUCACGAGGAUCAGUAUGAAGCCCAGAUUGAGGCUGCAGAGAAAGCCCUCACAGCUGUCCAAUCCCUGCUGCACAAAAGCACCGCUCCUGUGUGGCUCCCAGAGAGGCUACGGCACAUCCACGGCUUAUUGACGGCACUGCAGCAAAGUGUUCAGACUGUGGGGGAAAGAUAAAAUGUGCAGUCGCAGCUACAAACAGGCCGAGGGAAAAUGAAGAUCAAUUGUGGCGACUGUCAAAGCAGAAAUGAAAGAAGCAGUCGUGCAACUGCCACCUGUCUCAAAAACCAACUACUACUUCCCAAAUGAUCUGUGUUUUGAUUGGUCAUCUACACAGUAUUUAUUAUUAUUAUUAUUAUUAUAGAAAAAACUGUAACAGGAAGCAAAACAUAAUAGCUGCACCAUGAACUGUAUGUUUCACUGUUGUACAUAUUUUAUAAUAUCUGCAAAAUAAAAUUCUUUAUAUAAUUA